UGCUUUGGAAGCUCUGAGUCAGGAAGGCUGAGUUGUGGGCAGCCGCUAAGCCAAGCCCACCAAUUCCUGAACUGCCUGGACCUCUAAAGACUGGCAGCCCAUAACGAUUAUGUGUGUGGUCAUUGCAGAACCUUGGUUUGGGAAUGUUUUCCAGUCUGGAAUCCCUCCCCCCAAAAAAAAUUGCUUCUUAGGGAGAGGGGAGAGGGGAACAAAAAGUAGAGACCUCACCUAGGAAAGCCGGGAUUUGCCAGUUCAUAUAAACAGAGCCUAACCUGCAGCUUUGGGACCUCCCACAGUUGGGACAGAAAUCGUAUAAAUAGAUCCGAUGAGUAAGCCAGAGCCCUGCUUUUAGUACUGGCUUGAUGUGUGUAUUUCUAUGAGAAAAUGCUGUACUUCAGUGCAGACCUAGCUGUUGCCGCCCUGGGAGAAGACUGUGAUGGUGGGCAGAGUGCUGGACAUACAGCUGUUAACUUUUCUUUAGUGACUUUGUGGCCUCCCUGUCUCUAUCCUCAACUCACUUCACCCACACUUUAGAACUGGGAGAGAGCACUGAGCUUUCUGUGGGGGAUACAGAAAACUAGACCAGGGUCUGAAGGUUCAAGGAAAGAGCUGAUUCUCCACUUUUCCCUUAGUAGGCAUGUCACUGGGGAAGAUGCCCGUAUCAUUUGAGUUUUCUCUCACUAAUUUAAAAAGCCUUCUAAUCCGGAUUCUGUCACUUACCAACUUCCUAUAGGCAAAAGAGAAAACUAUUUGGAUGUCAGCAUCUUUAUCUAUAACCUGAGGGUGUGUAUGACCUUGGGCAAGUCAUUUAACUUCCUUAGGGCUCAGUUUCCUUGUCUAUGAAUUAUGGCCUCUGAGGCCCCUUCUAGUACUGGCUCUCUGUGCCUACAAUCCCUUCCAGUUCUCAUGUUCUGUGACAUUUCCAAGAGGAAUUUAAUUAAAUUGGCACAGUGAAUACAACCCAUAAGCCGACUUUAUUCACCUAGAAGGUUCUAGCGCUCAGCUGAGGCACAGUAAGAAUCCAUUUACUAGUUACUUCUUUCCUUCCCUCAGUUUCCCCCUAUCUCUGAUUUUUAGGCCACCCUUUGAAAAGGACCAGUUACAUACCUCGCAGGCAAAGGAGAAAGAACCCCUAAGCAGGAGGGGUCUUUUUCCCCCUAGUCUAACUCAGAGUUGAACCAGUAGGUGGCAACAAUUUACAAGACCACAACCUAAUGAGACUCUUAGGCCAGGGUGGGAAGGGAAGAGGUCCUUUGUAUCAUGGGACUGGAGAAGCUGUAAUUGUCCUGGAAACUUGAGAGGAUGGGGGAGCCCUUUUUUUUUUUUAAAGCCUUUAAUGCCUUGCUUCCUAUCAGUGCCUGUAUGAUGAUGAAAAGAGAAUACUGGAAUAUGAGUCCAGACAUUCAAGUUUUGGUGCCAGCCACAUCUAGCUGUCUGACCAUGCUCCAGUCACUUCUCACUUCUGGGCCUCUGUUGCCUCAUCUGCAAAAUGGAUAUAAUCAUGCUUGCCUUGCUUUAUCUCACUUGGUUGUCCUAAGGAUCAGAUGAUAUUAGAAUUGUGAUUGUGCUUUCAUGCUGGACUGCCUGUUUUCUCAUCCCCGUUUGUAAGUCACUACAGGAUGCCUCCCAGUUCUUAGGUUGAGAGAGACCCUCAUUCAAAGGGUUUUAAAAGAAGUCUUGAACUGUGAAUUGAGGCUUUGGGAGGAGACAAGAUGGCCUCGCCGGCAGACAGCUGCAUCCAGUUCACCCGCCAUGCUAGCGAUGUCCUCCUCAAUCUGAAUCGCCUGCGGAGCCGAGAUAUCCUGACGGAUGUUGUCAUCGUGGUGAACCGUGAACAGUUCCGGGCCCACAAGACUGUUCUCAUGGCCUGCAGUGGCCUGUUCUAUAGCAUUUUUACUGACCAGCUGAAAUGCAACCUGAAUGUGAUCAACCUUGACCCUGAAAUCAAUCCGGAGGGCUUCUGUAUCCUUCUGGACUUCAUGUACACAUCCCGCCUGAAUCUCCGUGAAGGGAAUAUCAUGGCAGUAAUGGCCACCGCCAUGUAUCUGCAGAUGGAGCAUGUUGUGGACACGUGCCGAAAGUUUAUCAAAGCCAGUGAAGCAGAAAUGGUGUCCGCCAUCAAGCCUCCUCGGGAUGAGUAUCUGGCUGGCCGGAUGCUGCUGCCCCAAGAAGUCAUGGCGUAUCGGAGCCGCGAAGUGGCUGAUAACAAUGGCCCCCUGCGGAACGGUCCCCUCUGUGACGGACGAGCCUUUGCUCCUGGCCUGUACAACGGCUUGACUGCAUCCCCAGCUUCCUAUCCUGUGUAUGGCCACCUCCCGGUGAACAGCUUCUUUGAUGAGGAACUGAGGGAUGUCAGGAUGCCCAUGGCCGACCUACCUAGGGCCAACCCGUACCCUAAAGAGCGGGUCCCCUCCUGUGAUAACACCCGGCCCCUCCCUACAGAUUAUAACCGGGCUGUCAUGGAGGUCUCUGCCAACAUGUGCCAUGCUAGCAUCUACUCCCCUAAAGAGGCUACUCCAGAGGAGGUGCGGAGUGAGGUACAUUACAGCGUGACUGAAGCAGGCCCCAAACCGGCUGCCCCAUCUGCCCGGAACAACUCUUACUUUGCCUGUGACAAGCCUGGCAAGGAGGAGGAGAGGACCUCCUCUGAGGAUGAGAUUAGCCUGCACUUCGAGCCCCCCAAUGCCCCACUUAAUCGCAAGGGCCUGGUGAGCCCCCAGAGUCCCCAGAAGUCAGACUGCCAGCCCAACUCACCCACAGAGUCCAGCAGCAGCAAGAACGCCUGCAUCUUACAAGGGGCCGGCUCCCCUCCAGCCAAGAGUCCUACCGACCCCAAGGCUUGCAACUGGAAGAAGUACAAAUUCAUUGUCCUCAACUCUCUCAACCAGAACACCAAGCCGGAUGGGGCUGAACAGGCUGAGCUGGGCCGCCUCUCACCUCGAGCUUAUGUCCCAACGUCUACCUGCCAGCAGCCCUUGGAACCAGAAAAUCUCAACAUCCGCUCUCCAACCAAGCUGAGUGUGAGUGGGGAGGACUCUGCCAUAUCGCAGGCCAGCAGGCUCAACAGCAUCGUUACCAGGUCCCUGGCUGGCUCUCCCCGGAGUAACACAGAGGGACAUUCUCCGCUGUAUCUGCCCUCGUCCAAAUGCCGCUCCUGUGGCUCCCAAUCCCCACAGCAUUCGGAGAUGUGCCUUCAUGCCACGGCCACUACCUUCCCAGAGGAGAUUGGAGAGACCCAGUCUGAGUACUCAGACUCUAGCUGUGAAAAUGGAGCUUUCUUCUGUAAUGAGUGUGAUUGCCGCUUCUCGGAGGAGGCGUCCCUCAAAAGACAUACCCUGCAGACUCACAGCGACAAGCCUUACAAAUGUGACCGCUGCCAGGCCUCCUUUCGCUACAAGGGCAACCUCGCCAGCCACAAGACCGUCCACACGGGGGAAAAACCCUAUCGGUGCAACAUUUGUGGAGCCCAGUUCAACCGGCCAGCCAACCUAAAGACCCACACCCGCAUUCACUCUGGAGAGAAGCCCUACAAGUGUGAGACCUGUGGAGCGAGAUUCGUCCAGGUGGCCCACCUGCGCGCUCAUGUGCUCAUCCACACUGGUGAGAAGCCCUACCCGUGUGAAAUCUGUGGCACCCGUUUCCGGCACCUGCAGACCCUCAAAAGCCACUUGCGCAUUCACACAGGAGAAAAACCCUACCAUUGUGAGAAGUGUAACCUGCAUUUCCGCCACAAAAGCCAGCUGCGGCUUCACCUGCGGCAGAAGCACGGUGCCAUCACCAAUACCAAGGUUCAGUACCGCGUCUCUGCGGGCGACCUGCCCCCGGAACUACCCAAGGCUUGCUGA